CUUCAGUCGACCUUGGUUCUGUAUGUUACGUUUGUUUUGCAUAACAUCAUUAUGUAAACACAAACAAACGCACCUUUGAAAUUAAUGAUGAUACCUGAAGGUCGUGUGGCAGAUGCAUAUACCAACUUCAUAUGUUUAAAUGAGUCUUCAAACUCAUAUGGAUAUCAUGCAGAUUCGCAGUCUAGUAGCAGCAAUAAAGAUAAAUGUCUUCAAAAUAAUGAAACACCAGUUGGUAGUGAAGCCACUGAUCGUCUGGAUUCAUCGUAUCUCCACUCCAAACAUUGUUUACCCGAACUUGAUGGUUAUCCCAGUGAUCUGAUAGAUUUGGAUAAAAUAAAACAUGAGAAUCUUUUUUCCGAUGUCAAACUCAAUGAUAUCAACAUGAUUUACGAUCAAGCUGCGUCAAAGCUUAAAGAAAAUCUAACUGUUCAUUAUCAAUCAGUACAAAAAGAAAUAAUGUUAGCUGUGAAAAGCCUUUUUUCAACUGAAAUGCAUCGUAUAAGAACUGAUAUGAUUAAACUUCAGGAACAAGUGAUUAGUUUACGGGAUCUUGCAAAAAAUCAUGAACGUACAAUUGCACAAAAGAAUAAGGUUAUUAGUGAUUUAACUGAUGAAAUAAAAAGAAUGAAACAUACUAUGCAACUCAAUUUAAAGGUAGAGAAUACUAAAAGAAAAGAUUUUUGUACUGCACUUGCUGAUCGUUACUACAAACAGCAUAUUUUAAAACAAGCAAUAGUAGAAUGGAAACAGUUUAUGGAGUGUACAUGGAAACAGAGGAAUUUUCGACGAUUGACGCUAGAAGCCCAAUCUGAAUGUAUCAAAAUUACGAAAGAGUUUAAUCAAAAAAUCCUUCAGGAAUAUCAGCGGCUUCCUAACAAGGAUAUACCAUCCAACAGAAACUAUGAUUCAUCUUACCGAAAUGAAAUAAACCCUAUCACUUGUAAGAAUGGGAAAAUUGAUCAAAGACUGUAUGAUGGCAAAUGUCAUUUAUCCGUGGGAAAUGCCAAAAAGAUGUUAAGUUCACGGAAUUCAUCAAAUCAUUAUUAUCCCAUAGAAAAACAGAAAAAAAUAUCAUCGUAUACUAAACCACGAACUGUACAACAUGGAAUACCCACAGGAACCUGUCCAAAUGGAUCUACAGCUAUGGCAAAUAUAUUAGUCCAUCGACAUCAACCUAUCAGUCAGGUAACAACAUCAGAAAAUGUCAAUUCACACAGGUUUUCUUCUACAUUGACGACAACAGGUGCUAAUUACUCACUUGGACGACAUCAGCUUUCAUCAACACCACGAUUAUGUUUUGAUUUAUAUCCUCAAAAAAAGUAUCUAGGCAACUGA